AUGGCAUCGAUACUCGGAUUCGUGGGAUCAAGUGUGAUCUUCCUUUACGGGCUUUUCAGUCUUGGGCUCUAUGGAUUCCGUGCUGUAAGCAAAGGCUAUUUUUUCAGGAAAACCACGGAGAAGGAGACCCUCGAACUGCAAAUUGCUCGCAAUCGACUCUGGGACCUUUCACAGAGCUUCUCAGGCCUCCGUCACCAUAUCUAUACUCUGCCGAGCGGGUUCAAAUUCCACUAUGUCUGCAAUGACGGGCCCGGACAGCAGACCGCCACCGACCCACAGAAGCCGCUGGUUGUGUUCAUCCACGGGUUCCCCGAUAGCUGGGCCAUCUGGCGCCAUCUUCUCGCCUCACCUGCUCUUCAACAUGCGGCCACUCUAGUAGCGGUCGACUUGCCCGGCUAUGGUGGGAGCGAUCGGCUUGAUCGAUACUCAGCAACGAAAGUGCUCGAGAACCUGACCGAGUUCGUGAUUGCGAUUCGGGCCAAGUACGGGGCUGACACGGAGACCGCGGUGCGGCAGCGUAAAGUUAUUAUUGUCGGACAUGACUGGGGUUGUGUGCUUUCGACCCGACUGGCAUCUGAAGCUCCUCAACUGGCGGAUCGGUUUAUUCUGACGAAUGGACCAAUUCCUGGUCUCACCCGGGCGAACAUUGCCCGCCGACUUUCUUCCUCCCUUAAGAUGCUCAAGACAGCACUGCGCGACCCGAUACACUCUCGCGCGACACUUUGGAAAGUGGCCCAGACUCUGCAGCCUGUUGGUCGACAGUUGCUUCGCUCCGGAUACAUCUUUGCUAUGAAACUGCCCUUGUCCCUGGUUCGGUAUCUGGGCCGAGGCGGCAACUACUCGUUCCUAAAGCUUAUACACCGCGCAUCGUACGGUCAACAGGAGUUCUCCCCUCGGGAUGCCGCAGAGUGCAUGGCCAGCACUGUAGGCCCGUCCGUGGCGGAAUGCCAGACCCAAACCGCGGAGGGCGACACGUAUCCUGCGUUCAUGAAAGAAGACCGCGGGCAAUUGACCUUUCAGCAUAUGACCGCCUACUACCGGGAUAACACAGCGUUCGCGCGCUGGAACAAGUCAAUUGAGACGAUCGCGCACCUUCACGGCAUCGAAGACGCGAAGGCGGCCCACCGCACCAGCAGCGGUGCUGGUCUGUUUGCCGAUGGACCCAAGGGGUCCCUGAAAGCUAGUGCAACCGUCAUUUGGGGAAAGGCCGACAUGGCCUUGGAGCCUGCCUUGUGCCUGGAUGGGAUUGCAGACUACCUCGUGCGAGACAGCCAAGUUAUCGUGGUGCCGGGUCUGGGCCACUUCACCCCAUUGGAGCGUCAAGGCCAGCUUGCCUUGGAGAAGGCGAUUGAAUGGACUGUGAAGGGUGAGAAGGAGGAUAUUGGAGUUGUUUUGCAGAAGUGUUCUCCCAAGGCGGUGGUGACUGCCCGCAAAUAG